CCUUUUAUGAUUUUUUUUACGGAUUUUUCACCAAAUGCCCCUGAGGUUUACUUUAAUGCACCAAAUACCCCUAAACUUUCCAAAAUGCACCAAACACCCCUGACGUAUGCAAUAAUAUCAUUAAAUGCCCUUUUGUCUGACGGACGUUAACCCUCCGUUACCAUGUUUUUACCUUGUUGCCCUUACUUGUCCUUUCUGGCGCCAUAUCAAAAAAGAAAAAAAUAAAAAUAAAAAAAAAUUCAAAACCUAACUUCCCAACUUCUUCCUCGACAUUUCUCUCUGUUCUCUUACACCAUUAGUGAGCACUUGAGUACCAAACCAAAGAGAGAGAAAGAUCGAAAUUCGCUGGGAUUUGUGUAAAACAACUCGCAAUAGUUAGUCGAAGUAAAUCCCCACGAAAAGAUCGACAAUUUGGUCCAAAAAUCUGCAGUUUUCGUGAGUCCUACAAAAGUGGGUGCAAGGAGAGCAAAGGACUGGAAUUUGUGGCUUCAACUUCAUCAAAAUUGUGUCAAGGAUGGUCGCAAUUUGGUUGUUAUGUCAUUAUAAUGAUCGGAAUUUUGAUGUGAGGGUACAAGAUACUGAUGAAACGAACUACAUGGAUUUGGUUGAUGACUUGUUUGAUGAUUCUAUUAAGCAAGAUGUUCUGAUUCCCGAUUUAUUUAGAUUGUUUUAUGUUAAUCCUAGUACGAAUAAAAGAGUAGAAUUGUUGAAUGAUGUUGGUUUGAUGGGCAUGUGGGGUUUAUUUAAGCGCACAGAUACUGUGGAAAUAUGGAUAGAGAAGGCAAAUGAGAAGGAAACUUCAAUCCAAUUUAGGACUGCAGUUAAGAAAAGGAAGGAUAGGAAGGAAAGGAAGGCUGCAGAACUUAGAAGGAAAGCUGAGGAGUUUGAGAGGGAGAGGGAAGUGGAAAGGAGAAGGUUAGAAAGGGAGGCUGAGAUUCAAAGGGAUUUGGAGGAGCAAUUGGCAAACACAGUGGCAGUUGAGGUGCCUGUGUAUGAUGUUGAGGAUUUAAGCGUAGAGUACGUACGUGUUUACAGCUCACAACAUGCUGACUGCCUUUCCCCGGGAGGUUCCCAACCACCAAAUACACAAAAAGAGCCUUCACCACCACCAAGAGAGCCCUCACCACCACCAAAUGUUCCAUCACCACCAAGAGAGCCCUCACCACCACCAAAUAAUCCAUCACCACCACCAAGAAGUCCCUCACCACCACCAAAUAAUCCAUCACCACCACCAAGAAGUCCCUCACCACCACCAACCUCACCACAGACACAACCACAGCAACAACAACAACAGACAGAACAUCAGCAACAACAACAAACAGAACAUCAACAACAACAACAAACAGAACAACAGCAACACCAACCCACAGAACAGCAGCAACAACAUCAAACAGAACACCAGCCAGAUCAGACACCCCCUCCUAACAGGGCUGAGUUAAACAAAGGGAGGGGUUUCAGAAUUUCCAGAAGUCAUGCUAAGAAGACGGGUGAGUUUGUUCCUAAGAAGAGGGGGGGAAGGCCUGCUGGUUCAAGGGUGAGGAAACCCACUGCAUACAAUGUGGAGGAAGAGGAGCAAUGGGAUGAUGAGAGUGAUGAUGAAAAUUUUGAGGAGAGUGAGAGUGAUAGUGAAACUGGUUUCAACUCCGACGAUUUCAUUGACGAAGAAAUUGAAGAAGAUGAAGAACAAGAUGUUCUUAAGGAGGUAAUUUCUGAGAGAAGUUUUGAGGAUCAUUUAGAUGGGAGUAAUAAGCUGGAUAAUUUGUAUGCAAAUGGGAAAGUUGUGGGAAGCAUGCCAUGGGGGACUAUCAAGUUGCAACCAUGGAUGAUAUUCCAAAGCAAGACACACUUCAUGGAGGUCUUCAGAGACUUCUGUAUUCAAGAGGGAUUUGCUGUGAGUGUUGAAAAGGCUGAUACAACCAGAUUCACUGCAAUGUGUCUGGUUGAGUCAUGCAAUUGGAGGAUCCAUGCCUGUGUGUUGUUGGAUGGGGUCAGUUGGGCCAUUAAAACUCUUGUCAGUGAGCACAAGUCUUGUGGGAGACUUGAGGAGAAUCCCAUGGUGACAUCUCAGUGGCUAUGCACCAAACUACUUCCUGACAUUGAAGCAAAUCCAGAAAUCCCAAUUAAGACACUUCAAAGAAAGGCAUUGGGGAUUUAUAGGGUACAAGUGAAACAGAGGUUGAUGUACAAGGUGAGAAGCCUCGGGAGGAAGCAAAUUUAUGGAGGUUUUGAUGAGUCAUAUGCCCUUUUACCAUCCUAUGCUGAAAUGAUCAAAUCUACCAAUCCUGGGAGUUAUGCCUUGGUCACUUGGACUGCAGAUUCUGGUAACGUGACACCCCGUUUCAAGGCUUGCUUUUUCUCCUUUGCUGCACAAGUUAGGGGUUUCUUAAGAGGUUGUAGGCCUAUCAUAGGCAUUGAUGGUGCACAUUUGAGUGGAUACUAUAAGGGAAUUCUCCUCACUGCAGUUGCUAUCGAUGGGAAUAAUGAGAUUUUUCCAUUAGCCUAUAGCAUUGUGAGUACGGAGAGUAUGGACACAUGGUCCUAUUUUUUCAGAAGUUUGAAGGCUUUGUUUGUUCAACAUGGGUGCCAGAGGGAUGACUGGACUUUUAUUAGUGACAGAAUGAGGGGAGUAGAAUCUGCUUUGUAUGAUGUUUUCCCCAAAGCAGUCAGGAGGGUCUGUGCUCAGCAUCUGUAUACCAACUGCAGACAAGCUGGAUACAGUGGCACAGCCUUCCAUGACUUGUUCUGGGUUGCUGCUGAUGCAUACAAUCCAUAUGUCUUCAACAAAGCCAUGGAAAAGAUUGGCAAACUCAUCCCAGAAGCAGUGGGAUAUCUUGACAAAGUGCCUGAACAGUGGUCCAGACACAAGUUUGAUGUUGGGGUCACUUGUGAUCACAACACCACCAACUUUGUGGAAUCCUUCAACGCGUGUACCAAACCCUUUAGGGAUCUUCCUGUUUUGUCACUUCUUGAAGAAAUAAGGUCUUGGUGCAUGACGAAGAUCGGGGCCAGAUUUGAUAAAGCUGUUGACAUUGGACCCGAUCAAUUGACGCCAUAUGCUACUAAGGAGCUUGAAGAGAGGAGUGCUGACUCGAGGUUCUGUUAUGCAACUAAUGCUGGGGGGGUGAAUUUGAGGUUUUAG